AUGUCAGAAUAUUGGGUGUCCCGCAAACGUCACCACUGUAAGUAUUGUAACACUUAUAUCGCAGACGACGUUCCAUCCAGACAGCACCACGAGAACGGAGUCCGUCACAAAGGCAAUGUCGAACGGUUUGUACGCGGGCUGUACAAGGCUGGCGAGAAAGCUGUAAAGGAUAGGGACGAGGAGACACGUGAGAUGGAGAGGAUCAACAAAGCCGCGACCGCCGCAUAUGCUCAAGACGUAGGUGCUGGACUUGGGGGGUCGGACCCACCUGCGCAAAAGAAUCCUCAAACAAAUCCAUAUGCCAACUACUCGACGCCUGCAUCGCUAGGAUACGCUGAUCCUGAUGCGGAGCGGGCUAAGGCAGCGGCGGAUAUCAGGCAAACAAUGGGCGUCGCAGGGGACUGGCAAUAUGUUCAGAAUCAUGCAUUGGGAUCUCCUGCACGGAAUGAGGUUCCAAGCGUCAAGGAUAACAAGAAUCGUGAAGCCCCGGUGGAUGAUAUCGAGGGCGGGCAUAUUUUCAAGCUGAGGAAGAAGACGGUUAGCAUUGGAUUGGGGGUUGAUGGAACCGCAGCGUGCUCCGUCGAAGACGCUGUGAGUUACUUUUGAUUAUAUACAAGAGUUCCGAACCCUUCGGACGGUAACCCCAUCUAUUUCACAAUAACAGACGUCUGUAUACUACGUUGG